CGUUUAUAGUGUGACAGCGACUCUCUGAGUCCGUCUUGUGAAUUUUCUCAACAAGGUUAAAACAAAAGUUCCUACAGGCUUCAGGAAAUUAUAAUUACCGGGGUAAUAGAAAAUGGAAAAGAAUGCUAGAACUUGUAUUUUAAUUAUAGUGGGUGUCGUGUGCGUUGUACUGGUUGUUCUACUAUCAAUAAGUUUCUCUGGGGUUGAGUACUACCAGUAUGGAUUCCCUAAAAGAAGUUCCACUGGUUCAGUAGACACAAGUAAGGUGUACACUGCUGGUAAAUAUGCUAUCGGACCCGAUAAGACAUUCAAGACGUUUCGAGCGGCCGCUCAUGUUGUGAUGGUAGAUGAUAUUGCUAUAUUCACUAGUGAUAAAUUGGAGGUUUGGCUGAGCUGUUCUUUUCAAUAUUUCUUGCAACCUGAGCAUUUGGCUCUAUUGCAUGAUACUUUUGACUUGCAAUACCAGCCUAUACUCCGUGGUAGCGGCAUCGAUGCGCUGAAAGGUGCAGCUCCUUUUUACUCCACAACAGACUACAUUGAAAAUAGAAAAAUGGUGGAAGAUGCUCUGUUUGAAGCAAUCAAAAAACGGUUGGGUGGAAGAUGCUGCAAAAAAGGAUGCGAAGACUCUGUAGAAGGAUGCGUUCCUGAUUGCAAACGCUAUGAUACCUGUACCAUUGAAGACAAAGGAUACUUUGCUGAUGUGUACUAUUUCCAGCUGGCCAAAGUAUCCAUAACCGAUGAUGUCAUUUCCAAUAAUCUCCUAGCAUUGACACAGCUUGAGGAUGCCACAAAAGAGGGGUAUCUGCAGGAAGCUCAGCUUGUGAGAAAGGAAACUGAAAAACAGGUUAAUGAGAUUGAUAACAUUGCUGCAGAGAUCAACCAAAAUGCGACAGCAAUGUCUGAACUGAUCAUCGCCAAGGCCAAUGCUGAAUCUCGCGCUGUAGUUGAAAAUGCUCAUAAUAUGGGACUUCAACUGGUCUACACAGAACUUGGUCUCAAUUCAGCGCAAAAGGCCUCAUUUAAUUACUUACGAAUGCUGCGAGAUAAAGAGAACGUGCAUCUGAGCGUUGACUUUGGUAGUUUACGAAUCAAUACAGCGUAACUCACCUAAUCCCUAUCAUUUUGUGCACUAUUGCAAUGUGAAUAUUUUUGAGCAUGGUUAGCUAAGAUGAAUGAAGAAAAAUAACGUUAACAGCUGAUCUGUUACAUAAUUAUGUUUGAGAUUGUAUUUUAGUAGCUUCAAUAUAGUAUGAUUUUUCGUAAAACAGAAACAUGCAAUACUGUGUAUGUAGAGUGCAUUCCCUUCCUAGUAUCAUCUUAAAUAGUUAAUUUGAAGCACACACCUACUAAUGUUUUCAUUAUUGUGUAGUGAAAAUACUAAUAUGUUUACCAGUAAUGCCAAACCCACUUUUUUUGAUGAAUCAUACCAUGUUUUAUUAAGAUGCGUUUUUCAAACACAAUUAUUUGAUUAAGUUUAAAGCGAGAGGAUUGUCACCUGUGCAUGUGCGGGAACAAAAACGCUCAUGGGUAGACUCUUGUUUGUAAACAAUGACACGCUAUGGCCAUCUGUCGCAUGCGCAGGUGACAACUCCUCGCUUUAAUUAAAAGUAUUCAAAGCUAUCCACAUUAUUUUUUUAAUUAUUUUUUAAUAAUAAACAGGAAGUAUGAUUGUUGCUAGGAUAAUCUAAAAAAUCAGGAUUUUUAAAUCUAAACAUAAUUGAAAAAUGUGUGAAUUGUGUUUUAAUUGCGUCUAAAUUUCAGUAGAUUCUAAUCCCUCACUUGUUCUGUUUAUUAGUAUACAGUGA